UAUUCAACUUUUAACCGAUCCGCCUACUAAACGUUCCCCGCUGCCAACGUUUACAGCGUCCAUGAGCACCAGUAACGUCCCCAGCACGAGCUGAUCUGAAUGCACAGCACGGGACGGGACACGGACUGUUUUGUACUGCGGGGCUCAGCCAGUGCGUUUGAUGGAGAACAAUGGCCCACAUCUCGGUAGACUGCUGCAGCCCUUCACCAUGCGUCUCCCUGCCGGGCAUCCCUCUCAGCGUGCUGUCGGUGCCCAUGGAGGACAAGUACAAAUGCCAGCAGUGUCGCCAGGUGCUGAGGAAGCCGGUCCAGGCUAUGUGCGGACACCGCUUCUGUGUCCACUGCCUCCGCCUGCUCACCAGCUCUGGCCCCAAGCCUUGUGAAGCCUGUCGCCAGGAGGAGAUAUACGAGGAGCCUAUGUCCAUUCUGAACAGCGACCAGGCUUUCCCAGACAAUGCUGCUGGCAGGGAGAUCGCCAGCCUGCCAGCCAGGUGUCUCCACCAAGGAUGCACUUGGACGGGUUCAGUGAAAGAGUAUGAGGCGCAACACGAAGGCCUCUGUGAAUAUGAACAGGUCCAGUGCGAGGCCUGCAAGAACUUAAUCCUGCGCAUACAUAGGGAACGGCACGCCGACAGAGAAUGUGAAGCGAGAACGUUGAACUGCAAGUACUGCAAAGUGAGCUUCACCUACAACGAAAUAAAGGCCCAUGAUGAGACCUGCGUGAAGUUUCCUCUGCAGUGCAAGGAUUGCGGUAAGAAGAAAAUCCCCAGAGAAAAGUUCAACGACCACAGCAGAUCUUGUGCCAAGUCAAAAACGGCCUGUCCUUUCAGCGAAGUGGGCUGUAAAGCUGUGAUAGAGAACGGCAAGCCCAGCGACCAUGAGCAGGCCAGCACCAUGGAGCACCUGCGCCUGCUGCUGCCCAUGGUGCUGUCCCUGGUCCACGGGCGGGCCGACGGCCUGUCCGCCCUGGACUGGCAGGAGGACCCUGGCUGCCUGUACCGGGCUCCUGAGGAGGGGGCCCACGGGGGGGCCAGGGCCGCGCCGGCCGCCGUCGACCUGGACAAGAAGGUGAGCGCCCUGGAGAACGUCGUGUGCGUGCUGAACCGCGAGGUGGAGCACAACUCGGUCACACUGGAGGCGUACUCCCACCAGCACCGCCUGGACCAGGACAAGAUGGAGAACCUGGGCAACAAGGUGCGGCAGCUGGAGCGCAUGCUGACCAUGCGCGACCUGCAGCUGGCCGAGACGGAGCAGCUGCUGCGCGAGAUGCAGUUCUGCACGUUCGACGGCGUCUUCGUCUGGAAGAUCUCCGAGUUCCUGCGCCGCCGGCAGGACGCGCUGGCCGGCCGCACGCCCGCCAUGUUCUCGCCAGCGUUCUACUCCAGCAAGUACGGCUACAAGAUGUGUCUGAGGCUCUACCUGAACGGAGACGGGACGGGGCGAGGCACCCACCUCUCCCUCUUCUUCGUGGUGAUGAGGGGGAAGUGCGACGCUCUGCUGAAGUGGCCCUUCAGCCAGAAGGUGACCCUGAUGCUGCUGGACCAGAACAACCGGGAGCACAUCAUCGACGCCUUCCGGCCCGACGUCACCUCCACCUCGUUCCAGCAGCCAAUCAGUGAGAUGAACAUUGCCAGUGGCUGCCCUCUGUUCUGUCCAUUGGCUAAGCUGGCGGGCAAGAGCUCCUACUUACGCAAUGACACCAUUUUCAUUAAGGCCAUCGUGGACCUGACCGGCCUCUAGGGGGUAGACUGUGGAAGCACUACGCCAAAAUAAAAUCCGAGACUAAUGAUUAUUAUAUAUAAAUAAGAUAUCUAGAAUAUUAUUAUAUUAUAUCCAUGUAAGCUAUACAUAAAUGCUUACUAUAUAUUUUGACUUCAUUGAUAUAUAUCAUAUAAAAUAUAUAUACAUAUAUAUAAAUAUAUAUGCAUAUGCUAAAUCAUUAGGAUUUGCCUCUAACAGCAGGUAAAGUGAAAGUGUAACUCUUAAGGGGGUAGUUCGGAAUUCUGGACAUAGGGCCUGAUUCCCAAGUUAGCCUUGGUGUUCUUUAUCAUUGGAGACAGUUUUCAACCCAUUUCAGUCCUCCUAGUUGCAGAGUUUGCUUGUGCUAGGCUAGCGCACGGCAACGGGCAAUACUAUCCUGCUAAUAAAACAGUCUUACCCACUCCACAGUACACCCGAGGCAUAUCAACUAUAACGCCACACGGUCGAUGUAAAUGUCUGUGUUGAUAGAAUAAUGUUAGAAAUAAAACCAACCCUGCAUUGCAUUGCGUUUUGAGGGACUGUUAUAUUGCUGGUAGUAGGCUACGGCAGCAGCGGACUGAUACCUAGGUUAAAUUCCGCUGCUGCUGUGAGAAAGUAGUCCCUCAAAAUGCAAUGAUUCAUGCGAUGUGAGGUUAGUUUUAUUUCUAAAAUUAUUCUAUCGACACAGACAUUUACAUCUAUAGUCUGGGGACGUUAUAAUUGAUUUACCUCGGGUGUACUGUGGAGUGGGUAAGACUGCUUUAUUAGCAGGCUAGUAUUGCCCGAUGCCGUGCGCUAGCCUAGCACGAGCGAACUCUGCAAAAUAGAAGGACUGAAUGAAAUGUGUUAAACUGUCUCCAAUGAUAAAGAACACCAAGGCUAACUUUGGAAUCAGGCCCUACGUCCAAAUUUCCGAACUACCCCUUUAACCAUUUAUAUAAAUUCUAACUAAAUAAUGCAUGUUGGAAUUUAUUGAGUUAGAAAGGUGUUUCCAAAGUGUUUACUCAAAACGAGGACUGCGUUAGAAAGUAUCUCAAGUUAAUCAGAUAAAAUAUAGCCCAAUAAUCUUUGACUUAUAUUCCAAAUAUAUUGGUUAUUUAAGCAUAGUUCCACAAUGUACCAACAUGGAUCUUAUAUUAGAUUAUUAAUGAAUAUAAAUUAGUAUUAUUGUUGGGUUUUAUGGUGGUUGCGGAUGUUUGAAAGUUAUUUGCGUGUCAAGCUGAGCAAGUUAUUGGCUGUAAAAGACUCCCUCCAUAGAUAUCAUUUGAGUGACGAUACAGUACCCUUCAACACCAGAGAAUCAUAUAAGAUUCAAUAUUUAAUACCUGGUUUUGCAGCCUGUAGAAACUGGCUGCACUGUUUAAUCCAACCUACCUGCUGAUACACAAUUUAUUUAUUGCAACGUUUUUGUAAUGGCAAAUAUACUGUAUAAUCUAAAACUUUCAGUUGAAGUGCAAAGAAUGGUUUGGGUGUGUUUUCCUAGAUAGCGUUUGGCUACUAAAUAUUUAACUAAUCAAUUCAGACGCAUAAAAGUCAGUUAUUUUUUCUAAUAAAUAAAAGGUGUUACGCUUUU